UUUGGCAGCUAGUAUCAACAGAAAGAAAGAAACAUGAUUUGGAAGUUGAGUGACCACGAGAUGAUCUAUCAGAAGUUUUUUGGCGAAGAAAUGUCGGACACGGCAGAAUUUCCAAUGGAGGACAAAAUGUUACAGGAAGAAACAGAAUGUUCAUGCAGCUCAGAUUCUGGCAUGGAGGAAUGUGGAACAAGUCCGAUAUCAAAUGUUUCUUCGAACGGAACAACUUCACCAACAUCAUCAUAUGAAAUGGACCUUCCUAAAUCUUUCAUACCAUUCCGACCUCAAAUCAUAACACCUUCCGAAAGUUCAGCAUUUAGUAAGAUAAGUAAAUUAGCAAGUUCAACUCAACAUUCAGCAGCGUUUCCAACUAUACCCUUUGGUGCACCCCCUCCAUUUGGAUACUUUCCUGGCUUAUUCAUACCACCAUGGACAACUGAAACAACCGAUUACCAAUCUCACUUGGCACAUAGCAAAUCAAAUUUGUCUACUGAAGACCAAAAAGACAGUGAACUAACAACGAACGCGUUUACUGAAGUGAACACGUCCAUACCAUUUACAAAUUAUUUCCAGAACUUAACAAGGCUUUUUAAAAAGACUGAGAGUACAGAAACCCGACACGAAAACGACGAAGUUAACAAUGAACCCGGCGAAAUAACGCACAGAAACAAAUCGGACAGAUCAGAGUUAUACCCAGAAACAUUUUCUUCCAGCAGACAUUACACAGAAGAUUGCAAUAAAAAUGAAACAACAAAUAACACUAACAUUGCUCUUCCACCGGCACCAUUUUACCCGAAUGGACAAGUUUUAGCAAUGUCUCAUCUCCUCGGUUCUUCUCCGUAUUUACCAACACCAGCAACACAAGUUCCGCAAUUGUCACCAAACGCACAGAUGAUGCAGUAUUUCGGAGGUAUUCAGCCUCAUUCCGGUUUACUUCACCCAGCAUUACUACACAUGGCGGGACUUAGAAGCAGACGAAUCAAUGCAGAGAAACCUCCACCAAUCAAAAAGUACAAAUGUGAUGUAUGUGGAAAAGCAUUCUCAAGAAGCAAUACUUUAGUAACACACAAGAGAAUCCAUACAGGAGACAAACCAUUCAAGUGUGAAGUCUGUGGACGAGCGUUCAGACAACCGGGAAAUCUCACGAGACAUCGUCUGACGCAUACAACCGUAAAACCAUACGUCUGCCCUACAUGCAACAAAGCAUUCAACAGAGCAUCUAAUUUACAUACGCAUAUGCGCACUCAUACCAACUUCAAACCAUUUACCUGUCCGUAUUGUGGAAAAGGUUUUCACCAGAAGAUUGACAUGAAAAUUCAUUGCUACACUCAUACUGGUGAAAGACCACAUAGAUGCGAUAUCUGCGGUAAAGGGUUCACUUUAAUCAGCACCCUCAAUGCUCAUCGACGAAUACAUACAGAACAGAUGCCAGUAGCUGAAUAGAUUUCUGGGACCAAUUGUAAAUUAGUCCCAUAAGAUGCGGGUCCUCAACACUGCAUGGACUAUGGACUAUUGAUGCAUUAUUAAGAGUCAAAAACAUACAUAGCAUGGAAAACAGCGACCAGAUAAAAUGUUGUUUUCUUAAAGCUUUAUCAUGGACUAUUGGUGCAUUAUUAAGAGUAAAACAACAUACAUAGCAUGGAAAAAAGCGACCAGAUAAAAUAUUGUUUUCUUAAAGCUUUUUAUCAUGGACUAUUAUUGCAUUAUUCAGAGUAAAAAACCAUACAUAGUAUGGAAAAUAGCGACCAGAUAAAAUCUUGUUUUCUUAGAGAUUUGUGUACUAGAAGUAUAUUGCUCUGAAGAGACUAGUCAGCAUGAGAGAACUCAUUUAAUUAAAGGUGGUACCUAACACUACAGGGAGAUAACUCUGUAAAGUCAGCUAAACGUUUUAAUUACGUUGUAUUGUAAAGGGAAUAUUAAGCUUCUCACUGAUCAAAGUUGGCAUUUGUCAAACUACUAUAUAACCAGAGCAUUUUUUCUGACAAAACGGUUGGUUCAAAGUUUUUGAUAUUUUUAUAUUUUUGUUAAAGGUUCAAAGUAAAUGCAUUGUCAAAAUUUUAUGAAAAUUAAACGAGCCAAAUUAAUUUUAGUGAAAGUGUUGGGUACCACCUUAACAGCUAUGAAGUUGUAUCAUUCAUUAUUUAAUUAUGUACAUGUUGUUGUAAAAAAAGGAAAGAGUGAUCCUUAUCUUGAGAAUUAAUUUAUUCAGUAAAAAUUGUAUAAAAUAUGAAAUUCAUGGACAUAUUGUGACGUAAAAGUACAAAAUGAUAUAUGUACAGUCUUUCAUAUAAGUUAUAAGAAGUUGAUUAACUUCUUCACUUAGUGGAUAUUGGGCUCUCGUGUUUCAAACGUUAAUUUAAUACUUUUCAGCCUCAAAAACAAAUUACUGGUAGUAUUUAUUGUUAAGUUUUAUUUUUUUAAUUUUGUGUGCGUAAUUUAUGGUAUUGUGCAAUGUUAUUGUUAAGUUGU